AUGAUCUUUAAUAGGGGUUUAGAAUACAAGUGUGGUUUAAGUAAAUUAAUAGAUAGUUUUGGCCCUAUUGAAAAUAACGGUGUAAAUGAAGACCCAUCUAGUUUAAUUGAUAUGGAUAAUAACAUUGAUAGCUGGAAGAACAAUAGGAUAGUAAUAGCAAUAUAUGACAUAUAUUAUGCUUAUGAUACUAAUGAUACUAAUAUUACUAAAUAUAAAUGGACUAAUAACAUUAAUCGUUGCAUUGAGAGUUAUCUUCGUUCUCAAAUCUGUGAGGAUAUUUACUUUAAUAGUGACAUUUGCGAUAAGGUCCAAAGUACUAUUAUAAUUUUAAUAAGGAGCACAAAUGAUACAAAUGAUAUAGCAAAUAAAAAUGAUACAAAUGAUACAAAUGCGAUAUAUGAUCCAUUUGAUAUAUCCGAUACAAAUGAUACAAAUGAGAUAUACGAUCCAUUUUUUAUAUUAGAUACAAAUGAUAUAUCAGAUACAAAUGAUACAAAUGAUAUAUAUGGUAUAUACGAUCGAGAUGAUAUAUAUGAGACUAAUAUAAAGGAUAUAUGUGAGAGAUAUAGUGAGAUAUAUCGUAGAAAUAGAGAGAAGAGUACUUUUGUUCCAAUAGAUUAUAGUGAUCCCAAUUGUAUGGAAAAUUCAGAUAGAAUCGACCUUUCGAUUGAUCGAGAUACUUGGAAUCCUAUGGAUGAAGACAUGGUUUCUGUGGAUCCCAUUAAAUUUGAUUCGAUUAAAGAAUUGGGUUCGGAAGAGGAAUCUUCGAAAGAUCGUCUGGAUGAAGACAUGAUUUCUCCGGAUCCCAUUGAAUUGGAUUCGGAAGAAGAGGAAAAAGACCAAUCUUAUAUCGAUCGUCUUGAUUCUUAUCAAGAAAAGACAGGAUUACCGAAGACGGUUCAAAUAGGCACAGAUCAACGUGAGGAAAUCAAUCAGUUGUUCGAAGAUAUUAUGAAUCAACUUGACUUGUAUUUGCAAACUGCGAAAAAUCGUGUGGAUUUGGAAGAGAAAGAAGAGGAAAAAGACCAAUCUUAUAGCGAUCCUUCCCAGAAUCAGUCUUCUCCAACUCCCGCAACCCCUCCUCCUCAAAGGACUGUUAUCUCAGAGGUUGCCACUUCAAGUGUCUCUGUUGCUGCUACUCAAUCUGGUCCGACUAUGCCUGCUGGAUUCUCGUGGGGAAUGCCACUGACUUUAUGA